AUUGCAGACGCGCAAAUUUUGCCGCUGUGUUGUGAAAUUUCAUUUUGCUGUGCAAAAAACAAUUUUUUUCAAAUUAAUGUUUGUGUAUUUUUGUUUAUCGUAAAUAAUAAGUGUAACUCAAAUAUAUAUUUAUCGAAAGUAUUUGUUUAAAAAACCCAAAAGUGUAAAAUAAAGAGUGUUUCAAAAUGUCUACCAUAGAAAGGCUUUCUAUACAGGGCAUUCGCAGUUUUGGUGGUAACGCUGGUGAUGCACAGGUUAUACGUUUUAGUUCGCCGGUUACUUUGAUUUUGGGUGAGAAUGGUUGUGGCAAGACGACUGUCAUUGAAUGUCUUAAAUAUGCAUUGACGGGCGAAUGUCCGCCCGGCAGUGACCGCGGUAAAAAUUUCAUUCAUGAUCCCAAGAUUUUCAGUCUCACCGAUGUCUUGGGACAAAUCAAGCUGGAGGUGCGCAAUGUCCAAGGAGCGCGACUUUCGAUCUGUCGUUCCAUGAAGUUGGGCCUGAAGCGUAAUAAAAUCACCUUUGAAACGUUGGAUGCCACUUUGAACUAUUUGAAUGAUGACGAUAAGAAGAGCAGUGAAUCAAUAAGCAAACGUUGUGCCGAUGUUGAUCUGGUCAUGAGUCAAUUUAUGGGUGUAUCCAAGGCCAUUAUUAAUAAUGUGUUGUUUUGCCAUCAGGAGGAUUCCAGCUGGCCUCUGGAUGAGCCCAAAAAGCUUAAGGAAAAGUUUGAUGCCAUUUUCGGCAUCACCGAAUAUAACAAGGCUUUGGAUCGUAUUAUUAAAAUGCGCAAAGAUGAAAUGGAACAAUUGAAAAUUAAAGAAUCUGAUUUACGGUUUGUGGAGCAUUUGAAACAAGAAAUGGAGGGAAAAUCUUUGGGUCUUCAAAAAUAUCAACAAAAAGCCAAAACCAUUGAUGACAAUUGUAAAUUGUGUGAAGAAGAAAUGGCUCCAAUUGAGGAGCGUUUGAAGCAAAUUCAUAAAAUUGAAUAUGAUGUGGGAAAAUAUCAGGCCCAAAAGGUGGAAUUGCAAACCAAACAAAAAAAUUGUACUGAACAAAUGAACGGACUUAAGAAGAAAAUUAAGAAAAUGUUCGAAGGUACCAUGGAAGAACUAGACACUGAAAUAUCAUCGUUCAACCAGAGAAUCUCUGAAAAACGUGUGGAACGCAAAGAAGUUGAAGACAAACUCAAGGGACAGAAAGUGGAGGAGAAGGGAAUGCAAAGCAAGCACAAUGAAAUCGACAAGAAACGUGUUGUCAUUCAGCAACAAAAGCAAAAAGAACAAGAUUGCAAGCAAAAAAGAGCCGAUAAAUUGAAAGGUCUCUGUCAGGAAUUAAAUAUACCCAUUGAAUUUGAUUUAAUGAAUUCGGUCAAUGAAAUCACUGAGUUGUUAGAUGAGAUACAAGCAGUUUUAACGUCCGAACAAUGUAAGAUAAGCGAAACUGUAACACAACACGACAAGGAGGAUCAAGAGCGUCAAACUAAAAUUGAUCAACUUAGAGUUGAGCUAACCAAGUUGCAAGAGUCUGUCUCCACCAUGCAAAAGCAGAAAAAAGCCUACGAAAAGGAGUCCGAGCAGAUAGAAAAGAAUAUUUUACAAACAGAAAAAGCCACCCAACAACUUAAAGUGGUUACCGAAAAGCUCAAAGAAACUGAACAAUGUUAUGAAGAGUCGCUGGCAAAAUUCAAUCAAAAUGAAGUUCGUGAAACUUUAAAGAAUGACAAAGAAACCAUUAAGAAAUUGGAAGCCCAAUUUCGUAAAGUAGAUGAACGUUUAACAUUCCUUAAUUCCAUAUCGAAACUGGUGGCCGAAUUGAGCAUUAAAGAGAAAGAACUUGAGAAACGUGAAGAUGAAAUGCGCAAGGUCAAAAGUAAACACAGUGACAACUUCCGCAAAGUUUUCGAAGAAGGCCGCAACAUAGAAACAAAUUUCCAUCGUCACUUAAAAGCGUCCUAUGAAAAGUCUCGCAUUAAAAUUAAGGAAUACAAUGAAAAAUUAAAUUCUCUAAAAUUGAAGCAUCAACGGAUUGAGAUUAAGCGCAAAAACCUUAAAGAUGACUUGCAAAAAUGCGAAAAGGAGUUGGAAGAUUGCAAAGAGAAAAUCUUUGAAAAGUGUCAUUCUACGCCCUACGAAGAGAUGCUGGCCAAAUCGAAGGCCUCAGUCAGUAAAUAUCAAUUGGAACAUGGCGCCCAAAAGUCAGCUGAAGUAUUUUAUAAAAAUUAUUUGCAAAAGAUUGAUGAGGAACCCUACUGCCCCUUGUGCCAGAAGUGUAUGGACACAGAUGAGGCCUCUAAUCUAACAACGGAAUUAACUGAUAAAAUACAAGAUUUACCGCAAAAUAUUGAAAGAGUAGAGAAGUUACUCAAGGAAGAACAAAAGAAAUAUGAAAGUUUAUUGCACUUAAAGCCAGUCAUCGAUAAAGUGGCUCGCCUGGAAGCGGAAAUACCCCAAAAGAAGGAGGUCCUGAAAACUUUACAAAAUCAAUUGGCCGAAUCCAGCAGUCUGAUGGAAAAUACACAAACCCUGCUGGCCGACCCCACUACCGUUUUGGAUACCGCCAAUUCUAUGAUGGGAGAUAUGUCACUCUUGGAUGAGUCCAUUAAAGAAUCGAAUCGCCUUAAAAACGAUAUCGAAAAGUUGAAAAGAAAAAUGCCCCAGGGCACUGACAGCGACAAUGUCUCCAUCGAUGAAGUACAAGCGGAAAAAACCACAAUUUCUGCAGAAUUGGAGGAGAAACGCAAAGAGUUGGAAAAGAAUCAGCAAUAUUAUGAAAAGAAUAUGGAUGCUCUUAAUAAAUUAAGAGAAUUGAAAAAUUCUUUGAAAGAUCAGCAAAUAAAACUACAAGAAGGCAUACAAAAUCUACCCCAACUUAAGGAACGCAAAAGCGAACUUAGUAACCUGUUAGUUACCAUGCUGGCCGAAAUGCAAGAGAAGCAAACAAGAGUUGCCCCCUUAAAGCAGCAACUAAGUGCAGCCAAUUCGGAAAAAUCCCAGCUGAAGGAGAAGAAUCGCGUUAAAAUUAAUCAAAUGCAAAAGAAACUGGAUAAUUUUAGAAGAAUGGAUCAUGACAUUAAUAGGCUGGACAACGAAGUUUUGGAUUACCAACAAUUAAACUUGGAUCAUAAAUUAAAAGAGAAAGAGGAGGCCCUAACUGCCAGCAAAGAGGAACUUAAGAAAAUAGCUCAAACCAUUUCCGAGACCACUGAAAAGUUGGAUGCCAUUAAAGUGGAAAUUGCAAAUCAAGAAUCUAUGGAUCGUGACUUUAAAGACAAUCGCGAGCUGAAAAUAUUGGAGGAAAAACAAAAAGAUUUAAAUGUUAAAUAUGAGGCCCUCUGCGAAGAGCUGGGCAAAUUAGAUUUCUCCACUGUCUCCAAAGAGAAAUCAGAGUUAACGAAAAAGCGUGACAAGAUCACCGUACGUAAAGGUGAACUAUUGGGUCAGCGAGGUGAGGUCAAGCAUCAAAUACAAAAACUUGAACGUGAGUUGGCCGAACCGAAAUACCGCGAUUCGCUGGUAAAUUAUCGUCGCAUCUUCUAUGAAGUACAGUUGACCAAGAAAGUGGUCAAUGAUUUGGGUCAGCAUCGUGUAGCUUUGGAAUGGGCCCUCAUGCAAUUCCACACCGAGAAAAUGCAAGAAAUCAAUCGUUUGAUACGUGAAUAUUGGCGCCUUAUUUAUCGUGGCAAUGACAUUGAUUACAUACAAAUUCAAACGGAAGAGGGCAAAGAUUCUGCCUCACCCAUGGAUCGUCGUCGCAGUUAUAACUAUCGUGUUAUACAAUCGAAAAACAAUUCGGAAAUUGAGAUGCGUGGUCGCUGCAGUGCCGGUCAAAGAGUUCUGGCCUCGCUCAUCAUACGUAUGGCUCUGGCCGAGACCUUCAGCAGUAACUGUGGUGUUUUGGCCUUGGAUGAACCCACCACCAAUUUGGAUCGCAUGAAUAUUCUGUCAUUGUGUGACGCCCUCAAUCGCAUUGUCGAAGAUCGCCAGGCUCAAUCCAACUUCAUGUUGAUCAUAAUCACUCACGAUGAAGCCUUCAUUUCCACCUUGGGCAAAAUCAAUAGCUAUCACCGCGUUUUCCGUAAUGAUGAGUGCAAAUCGGUAAUACGUCGUGUUGAAGUAGCCUAGAUGUCCGUUCUGUCGUACGUACAUACAACAUACAAAUAUGCGUAGUGGUAAGCAAUGUCAAAGUAUAAAAGUUUUAUUUAUGUGAAAAUAAACGGAUAGAGAUCUAAUUAAUUUUAUUCAAAA